AUGUCCAGUGCCAAAGCUGAGAUUGACGGCGUUAUUAUUGCCGAGGCGUCUGCUUGGGAAACAGUUGAAGGAAAUGUCUACUUUCCACCUUCGAGCAUCAAAGACAAAUCUCAAUUCUUAGCAUCUGACACAACGACCUACUGCCCAUGGAAGGGUGAAGCUGAGUACUAUACUGUUAAGGUUGGAGACAAGAGUAUCAAGGACGCUGCUUGGUAUUAUGCCGGCCCCUACGAGAAAGCGAAAAACAUUAAGGACCAUGUGGCAUUCUACAAGAGCAAGGUGAACGUGACUGUCGAGUAG